AUGGUUGUUGCUGCCAUCAAAAACCUUGAAGGACGCAACGGAUCGUCCCUGCAGGCCAUCAAGAAGUACAUCGCCGCCACUACAAAGCGAUGUCGCAAGCUUGCCCCAUUCCUCAAGAAGGCCUUGAAGAAUGGCGUCGAGAAGGGGCAACUAAGAGGCGCCAGUGAGAAGAAACCGAAGAAGGCCGGCGAGAAGAAGGCCAAGAAGGCUAUCCGGAGAGAAGAGAAGGCCACCAAGAAACCAGCUGGGGAGAAGAAGGCCAAGAAGCCAGCCGGCGAGAAGAAAGCCAAGAAGCCGGCUGCAGCCAAGAAAGCCAAAGCUGCUGUGCCAAGGCUGCCAAAAAGGCCGGUGGUGUGA